CCUCCACUUAAUUUCUUUCAUCAGUUCCUUUUUCUCUACACGAAAUAACUCUGUACUUUCCUCUACCAAACAAGGGCAAAAGGAACUCGCCAUGAGAUUCAACUUUGUAAACUAUUAAGCAUCGCUGAAGCACUCUGGACGCAGAGGGUACCAACUGUUUCAUUCGUUAAGGUAGUUAUGAUGAAGCAGCGACUGUGUUACUCUUCUUCCACCUGUGAAUGGACUUAUGAUGUGUUCCUCAGUUUUAGAGGCGAAGAUACUCGAAGUGGCUUCACUGGAAACCUUUAUAGAUCUCUUUGUGACAGGGGAAUCCACACAUUCAUAGAUGAUGUGGAGCUUAGCAGAGGGGAAAUGAUUACACCAGCCCUUUUCAAGGCAAUUGAGCAGUCUAGAAUUGCCAUUGUUGUUUUCUCUGAAAAUUAUGCUUCCUCGGCUUAUUGUCUUGAAGAACUUGUUAUAAUUCUUGAGUGCAUAAUGAAAAAGGGUCGAUUGGUUUGGCCAGUUUUUUAUGGAGUGAGUCCUUCUUAUGUGCGGAAUCAGGAAGGUUCUUAUGGGGAAGCAUUGGCUAAGCUUGGAGAAAGAUUCAAGAAUGACGAGGAGAGGCUGCGGAAAUGGAAGCUAGCUCUAAAAGAAGCGGCUAAUUUGUCUGGUUUUCAUUUCAUGUUCAAACAUGGGUACGAAUAUAAAUUUAUUCAGACAAUUGUUGAAGAGGUGUCAAGAAAGAUAAAUCGUAGCCCUUUACAUGUGGCUAAUUAUCCAAUUGGAUUGGAAUCUAGAGUGCAAGAGGUGAAGUCACUUUUGGAUGUGGGAUCUAAUCAAGGAGUAAGCAUGGUUGGAAUUUAUGGAAUCGGGGGAAUAGGUAAAACCACAAUCACAUGUGCAUUGUAUAAUUGCAUUGCUGAUCAAUUUGAAGGUCAGUGUUUUCUUGCUGAUAUUAGAGAAAAUUCAAUGAAGUAUGGUUUAGUACAACUUCAGGAGACAAUACUUUCUGAAAUGGUUGGGGAGAAGAGUAUCAAGUUGGGCAGUAUUAAUAGGGGAAUGGCAGUAUUGAAAAGCAAGCUUCAACGGAAGAAAGUUCUUUUGAUCCUUGAUGAUGUUGAUAAAAUGGAGCAAUUUAAUGCACUUGCUGGUGAUCUUUCUUGGUUUGGUUAUGGCAGCAAAAUCAUUGUCACGACAAGGAAUAAACAUUUGCUACACGUACGUGGUGUUGAAAGAACAUAUGAGGCAAAAGGAUUAGAUCAUAAAGAAGCUCUUGAGCUGUUUAGUUGGCAUGCUUUUAAAAGCAAUGAGGUUGGUCCAAGUUACAUGGAUGUCUCUAAGCGGGCAAUACUUUAUUCCAAUGGCCUUCCUUUGGCUUUGGAAAUAAUAGGUUCUAACUUAUGUGGUAAAACAAUGUCUGAAUGGAUAGCAGCAUUAGAUACUUAUGAAAGAAUUCCAGAUGAAGAUAUUCAGGAAAAACUUAAAGUAAGCUAUGAUGGUUUGAAGAGAAAUGAGAAAGAAGUUUUCCUUGACAUAGCUUGUUUCUUUAGAGGUUACAUUUUGAAAGAUGUCAUAAGUUUAUUGCUCCAAGGUCGUGGUUUCUCACCAGAGUAUGUUAUUCGAGUGUUGAUUGAUAGAUCUCUCAUAAAGAUCGAUCAAUGUGGUUUUGUGAGAAUGCAUAACUUGGUAGAGGACAUGGGCAGAGAAAUUGUUCGGCAGGAAUCACCAUCAGAACCUGGGAAACGCAGUAGAUUAUGGCUUUAUGAAGAUAUUGUUGAUGUCUUGGAAAAUGACAAGGGAACCGAAACAAUUGAAGUAAUCAUGCUACAUUUGCCAAAGAGUAAGGAUGUUCGAUGGAAUGGAAGUGAGCUCAAGAAGAUGACAAACCUAAAGAUACUAACUAUUGAAAAUGCUUACUUUUCUAGAGGCCCUGAACAUCUCCCAAAUAGUUUGAGAGUACUAAAAUGGUGGGGAUAUCCUUCACAGUCUCUGCCACCUGAAUUUGAUCCAAAGAGACUUGUUAUGGUAGAUUUGUCUAUGAGUUGCAAUUUCUUGGGCAAACAACUCGAACACAUGAAGUUCGAGUCUUUGAGUGAAAUGGUUUUAAGAGGUUGCAGAUUCAUGAAAAAGGUACCUGACAUGUCUGGAGCCCAAAAUUUAAUGAAGCUUUGUCUUGAUCAUUGUAAGAAUUUAGUAGAGGUUCAUGAUUCCGUUGGGCUUCUUGAUAAACUUACACGGUUCACUGCUAUUGGAUGCACCAAUCUAAGGUUUCUUCCUCACAACUUCAAGCUAACAUCACUUGAACAUCUGUCUCUCAGAAAAUGCUCAAGCCUCCACUAUUUGCCAAAUAUAUUAGAAGACAUGGAACAUAUAAAAAAUCUUGAUCUGUGUGGUACUGCUAUCGAAGAAUUACCAUUUUCGUUUAGGAAACUCACUGGACUUAAAUAUUUAGUGCUGGACAAGUGCAAGAAGCUUUAUCAGAUCCCAAUAAGUAUUUUGAUGUUACCAAAACUUGAGAGAUUGACAGCUGUAAAAUGUGGACGGCAUGUAAAUUUAAUCCUUGGUAAAAAUGAAUUGGCUUCAUCCAAGCCUUUGAUGAAAGAUGUUAGAUUAAGCUACAAUGAUUUGACACCUGUCAGCCACUCCAAUGUUGAAUUCUUAGACCUAACUGCCAGUGCGUUCAAAGUCCUUCCUGAAUGCAUUAGCCAGUGUCGCUUUCUAAAGUAUCUAGUUAUGGACAAUUGCAAGAAGCUUCAAGAAAUCAGAGGGGUUCCUCCAAAGAUAAAAUAUCUCUCGGCAAUAAACUGUACAUCACUGAAUCACAUGUCUCAAAGCAUGUUAUUGAAUCAGAGAUUACAUGAGGGUGGGGGCACAGAUUUUUCCCUUCCAGGAACAAGGAUACCAGAAUGGUUCGACCAUUGUGUUGUGGGACCAUCCCUGUCUUUCUGGUUUCGUCACAAAUUUCCAAAGAUGGCUCUAGCUGUUGUUGGAGUUUUGGACCAACAGGGCAGUUUUCCCACUUCAAGAUUCCACUUGGUCAUCAAUUCUAUUCAAAAGCUGCAUUGCAAUUUCACUGUGCAAUCAAAACUAAUCACAUAUCAUAUAUUUUUGUCCGAUGUACAACUCAAAUCCUACAAUGGUGAAUUGGAAAGUGUGUAUGGGGAUGAUGGGUGGAAUCAUGUUGAGAUUUCAUACGUAGGACCAAUGGUCUUUCCACAUUCAUGCAAAUCCAAGAAAGGAAUCAUUAAAUGGAUGGGGGUUCAUGUCUACAAGAAAAAAACAACCGUGGAGGAUGUCCGGUUCACAAAUCCUAGGUCUCCAAAGAGAGCAUAUAGUGAAGUUUCCAAGUCUGGUUUGAAUGGAAAUUUUCAACCGUUGCCCAAAAGGAGCCGUUUAUCACAAGGUAUGGGAAUUUGGGAGGCAUCACAUAUGAAGCAGCAUGAAGGUAAUAGUGGUUAUCAUGGUGUAUCACAGAGACUAUGGUCGGCAAUUUGCAGCAUUGCUGCUCCUCUACAUGUUAAAGUCCUAAUGUGGAAUAGUUGCCAAGAUGCUUUGCCAACUUGUGAAUAUCUUUUCAGGAGGAAGCUUGUAGAUAGCCCCCUCUGUCCCAUUUGUGGAACUGUACCUGAAACCAUUGAACAUGUGUUCCUGUUUUGUCCAUGGACACAACCCCUUUGGUUUGGAAGUGAUUUCCAGUGGUGCAUUGAUGUCAAUACAGUUCAAAGCUUUCAACUUUGGCUUUGCCAGAAACUCGUAGAGAUUAAUAGGGUAUAUCUCGAAAAUGCCAGCCAAGCAUUUGCUCUAGUGGGAAGUAUUUGUUGGGCAAUUUGGAAGGGAAGGAAUGAAUUUGUCCAUGAAGGCAAACCUGUUAAUCCGUUGAUUUUAAGGAAGGAGAAAUUUUAACCCUUGGAGAAGAUGGAGACCAUCAAGAGUUAGGAAGAGGAAGAAAAUAGGAAGCUAAAGAUCAUUAUAUCUUCCUACGGACAAUACUUACUGCAAGCGUAGAAACUUCAUUUCAUUGGGUUCAACAUAUGCCAUGAAUGGAUUGGCAGUUUGAGAAGACAAUACAUCCCUUAGGAGAUGUGUUGAGAUUGCAUUGGAAGUUGGUUGUUAGAUUUCGGGCCAAUAUUUGUUGUUUCUUGAGUAUUAGAAUGCUAAUGUAUGAGAUCUUGUGUGGUUAGAGCAAAUAUUUGAGUUGAUGCGAGAUAGUGGCGUUUGUAACAAGGUUAUAAAUAGUUGAGUUGAGGCGAGAAUUAGACAGAGUUACUAAAUCCUGCAAGCUCAUUUUUAAAUUCAUUGGAUCUUGUCUAA